GAGAGUCAGCGGGAUCGUGAAGUUCAUCUUUGUGCCGGACACUGCUGGCUACUUCUUUUGGGCAUGCCUCUUCUACCUGGCGACAGGCAUUAUGCAAGUGACCACGUUGCCACGGAUAGCUGAAUCCUUUUGCCAGGUGAGAAGAAAUGGGACGUUGUGCACUGAAGACUGCCCGGAUAUGCUGCUUCUUUGCCCGGCAAGCGAGUGUUUCGGUGAUGCGAUGAACCUUACCUGGUACCAGGAGGCCAACACUGCGAAGAAGUCCUACAACCAGGCCUUCGUGGGAGCCUCCCUGAACCAGGAGUGUCUGAACAUGAUGCAGUUCGCCACAAGCCCCGUGGAUGCAGUUCAUCUCAUCUACACGCGGAAUAGCGAUGCGACUUUAGCGGUCAACGAGGAUUGCAAGGUGUUAAGUUGUCGUGUCCUUGCCAAUGCAUUAUACCUCAUGUCGGACUUGGAGAAUGGUGGAGCUAAUUGCACGAACCAGUUUGAGAUCAAGUCGCCCGAAGAAGCGAGCGUCUGUCCUUGCUCGAGCUUGCUGGCCGAGAUCGAUUCCACGGUACAGGCAGAGAUCGACAGCGUGUGCGGCUCGCGACUCCUGAAGGAUGGAUGCGGCAAAUAUGCUACUACGCCAAGUUGGUGCAACUCGACAGGCGGCAGACGACUGGAUUUGCUGGAAUCUUCGGAAGCGGCGGAGCUUCCAUGCAAAACACCAUCCUGGCAAGAGCCACCGACAUUGGAUUCCCUCUUGAACGUGCCAUCUGAAUCGAGACAGCUUCAGCAGGUGAACAGCGAUGCACCGCCAUGGACCGUCGGCCCAUGGUCCACAUGCAAGUGUUUUGAGCAGUGCAUGCCGGGGCUGCGGUCGCGCAUCGUCCAGUGUGGCGGAAGCGUGUGCAGGGGAAGUCAGCCUGAGAGCACUCAGGAGUGCACGUGCACACAUUGUGCCCUCUGCCAGCAUGCUGAGAUUGUCUUGAACAUAAGCUUGGUCAUCAACUUCUCGCAGGCUGGGAUGGCGCUCAUCCUGGGCCUGGCUUUGGGCUACUUCGGCUCGCUGGGGGAGGACUGA